CACAGUUUGCGCUCCACUACAGAGCUGCUGCCUGUCUCCGCAGCACUGACAGGCUGUGCAUGUCCCUGUACUAUUAGAAACUUUACCGAUUACUUUUUGUUUUGUAGUUUUCAUUAUUUUUUUGAGAGCUGAGCCACUGAAAAAAGGAAGCGAGAGCGUCAGGACGCAGAAUUUUGAGGGCAAUUAUGAAAAACGCGGAGCAGUGAAUUUUAUUUCCCGUUGACAGCUGAAAAGGAGGAGAUGGAGAACAAGGCCAUGUAUCUGAGCACAAAUGAAGAGAGAGAGAACGUCUCGAUUUAUGAAGAGGCCUAUGAUGGACACAACUUGUCCAAACUCAACCUGUGUGAUGAAGUUUCUACAAAGCGUCGCAGGAAGCAGGACCAGUGUUGCAGCCAUCUGAACUCCCUCUCAUCUAUUAAGUACGCCAUUGUUUUCCUCUACAUCCUGGUUCUUCUCACCAUAUUUGGACUUUGCCUUGCAGUCUCUCGCUCCCAGGUGUCUUCUCAGCGGCAGGAGGUGCUGACGGAGAAUGCGACCCGGAUGUCAGAGCGCUCCCAGCUGCUCCAGCAGACCCUGGGAGAGGAGUCCAAACAAGCUGACCUGCUGGAGAACAUCUGGAAACUGGAAAACCUCUUCCAGAACCACAGCAACUGGCUGCAGAGGCUGGAGAUCUUCAUCAAGGGCUUGGAGGUGGAGCUGAGGAGCAUGCAGGCUCACUCUCUACAGUCAGAAGGCUACCUGGUGCAGUUGGAUGACAGGUUGUCCUUGCUAAGUAGCUCCGCGGGUCGGAACCUGACGAGCUUGAGUUCGGAGGUGGCCCGAGCAUCCACGUGGCUUCGUGAUCAUGACGUCCUGCUGAGGGAAACCUCGAGUCAUGUGAGUGAACUGAGGGAAAAAUUAGACGAGGUCAACUGGACAGUGGGAGCUGUCAACCACACCUUCAGCAACGAUGUCAGUAUUCACCAUUUGAAGAUACGUGACUUACAGAUCCAGAUCAGCAACAUAACAGAGGACACCAGCAGUUUAUGGGUGACCCACGUCCACACGGAGGCCCAGUUGAGGAAUGAGAUGGAGAUCCUGAACACAAUCACAGAGGACCUCCGUUUGAAGGACUGGGAGCACUCCAUGGCUCUGAAGAACCUCACAAUAUUAGAAGGACCUCCAGGGCCUAAGGGAGAGAAAGGGGACACUGGAGAAUUGGGCCCCCCUGGGGUUCCUGGUUUGACUGGCUUGAGAGGAUUUACCGGAGAAAAAGGCAACCAGGGCCCUCGUGGAAUGAAAGGGUCUGGUGGGGUUGAUGGCAUGCCGGGAGAAAGAGGAGACGUUGGACCUGCCGGGCCUAAAGGUAACCGAGGAGAAAGGGGUUUCAAGGGAGAGAAGGGUGAACGGGGUGAGCGAGGAGACAGAUCAGUGGAGGAGACCUUGGUACGGUUGGUGAAUGGGUCAGGUCUUCACGAAGGCCGUGUGGAAGUUUUCCAUGAACAUCGCUGGGGAACUGUGUGCGAUGAUGUCUGGGAUAAAAAGGAUGGAGAUGUAGUCUGCAGGAUGCUGGGAUACCAAGGAGCAACUGAGGUUCAUAAGACUGGACGCUUCGGGCAGGGUACUGGUCUGAUCUGGAUGGAUGAUGUUGCAUGCGCAGGGACAGAAGACAGUAUUCACCAGUGUAAGUUUUCCGGUUGGGGCAAAACCAACUGUGGCCAUGUCGAGGACGCUGGUGUGACCUGCACCGUCUGAACUUUCAGGAUCCCAACACUGCUGCAGCUGCCAAGUAUCACCCAAACGCUGCCUUAAACUUCAAGUGCUGAAAGCCCUGCCGUGUGCAGCAAGAGUGUCAUAUUAGUAGUAUGCUGCCUACUUACCUAUAAAAAAAAAAGUGCCAACUCACCUGAUGCAUGAACUUAACCUGCAGCUUGGUUAGAAGUUCAUGACUAAACAUAUCUAUAUGAGCCACGGGAUUGAAUCACAGUGCAGCUUUUGCCAACAUAAAAGUUAUGUUUUCAUUAACUCUACAGUAUGAGCUGAAGGAUGAUCACAUGACAGGAUGCUUCAUGAGGCUGAACUAAAGGGCAAAGGUCAGCAUUAACAGGAAUGGAGGCUCACCACAGACCAGGUUUGCUGCUUUGACAUCCACGAGAGGAUUGUCGGAUCUGACAACUUCAUCUACAUUUCCACGUACUAAAGCGCUGAAAAGGCAUGCAAUGGAACUGACAGGACAGUCUCUGGAGAACUGGUUUUCAUAUGCAGGCAGCUGCUCUUCACAGUAUUAUUUAGCAAUGGCUUUUGCUCAGUAUACCACAGUGUUGCCUUAUUACACGUUACAGCAAUGGCCAAGUAGGUAACUGUUUGGUGGUUUGCAAACCAGGCGAUGCCACAAAAUCAAACUAAUUGAACUUUUUCGUUAUUUUUUUUUCUUUUAUUUGAAUGCAAACUAAAGUACUGUUUAUAUUCACCAUUUCUCAACAAAGCAUGCUUUUCUUUCAGAUCUGUUUAUACUAUUCCAUUUGUAAAACAGCUGCAAAACGAAAUUUUGAAUUAUUCUAAAUGAAGUUUUGUUUACAGCAUCCUGUAGAUACCCCUCUUUCUGCACUUAGGGUCCAGUAAACAGUCAGAAGUGCUCGUCACAUAGUCAAAAAGUCUCUCCACUUUCACGCUUUUCCAGUGUAUAGUUAUUGAGGUGGAGUUUAAGGCUUAAACUUUUUUAUAUUUCUGUCACUUUUUAUAGUCCUUAGUGAUUAAAGCUCUAUCAGGUACUAAUAGUGAUAUUUUUUUUAAAGCUUGAGCAAUCUAUCAAAUCUGCAUUCUGGCAAAGAUUUUUAGCUGAUUCUUUGAGCUUAAGUAUUCUUUUUAGCAUCAGCAUCAUUUCCAGUUGCAUGGUGGUAGCUAUUUUUAUCCAAAAAGCCCAACAAAUGUUAAACCUAACAACAAAGAGUAAAACAUAAAUCAAAUAAAACAUUUCACAGCUACAAAGUCUUAAAAUAUUUCCUUCAGGAGUUUGUGAAUACCAAAAAAAAAACAAUCAACACACAAUUUGGAUGCUGGACGUUUACUCAUCAGCUGAAUGUUGCUCAGUAGUCGUUUAUGUAGCAAACAAAUACGCAAUUUUGAAAGCCAAUAAUAUACAAGCAGGGUCUGUUUUUGAAAUGCACAAAGUGCCAAAAAAUGUGUUUGUUUCUUUCAUGUGUGCAUCCUUUAAACUGCAAAUCACCAACCUGUGCUUACCGUGGGCUUCUAUAGUUAUGCAAAAAUUAUAAUAAUGUCAUUAAAUAACAAGUUCUGGAAAGAGUUAACAGUCACCCCUGUUGACAGAUGAAGUGAUGAUGAAGAAGAACAGAUGAGUAUAAACAGAUGGAUGCAUGGAGGCCUGCCCUGUAUGAUUUAUAACUGUGGGUCUGUCAGUGUUUACUGCCAAAAAAUUGGCUUGUUUCAGCAAUAACAUGCAUACACACAAUCUCACUCACAUCAAAACAUCAGACCAACCACAAUGGACCUUUCUCCCACAUUUUACCUCACUCUCAGUGGAAUUUCAGCUUCACGGCUGCUUUCAAAUCCAAAAACUUUGUACCUCCCAGGUUUCCUCGUCAUUGCUUCGGAGCCAGCAGAAGACAUGGAGCGGCAAGCUGGAAAAGAAUACACGCAGAAACCUGAACACACCCAUGUUUUAUAUUUGAAGUUUGGAAAGUUUUUUUAUCCACCUUAAAAAUCUGGCAAUCUCACAAACCUCAAAAGACUGAAGUUAAAUUCUCUCCAGCCUUAAAAUCUGUGAGCUGUCUUAGAUUUGUCCCACUUACUUUUUAUGAAAAUCAAUCUGCAAACUUGGUGUCUGGAUCCAAGAGAGCAGAGGAAAAAAUAUUUUGGAGAUGAACUUGACUUUGUUCUGCUGCGGCCAAAAAUGGUUUUCUCUGCCCCAUGUCUAAGUGCCUUGGUGUUUGUCGAGGUUUUUGCUUUAAACCGCAAUCCUGCCACAGCAAAACAGAAAUGACGAACAAAAAGAGGGAGUCUGGGGAAAGAGAAAAUGAGGUGAUAAACCAGAUUCAGCAAACUGAUGUAAGUGAGAAUGGUUGAUGUGUUUUUCUUGUAUUUUCUGCAAGUAUUGACAGGGUGACUCAGGACUCGUGCAUAAUCAGGUUAUAUCAGUGUCCUUUGGCUAGCUGAUCACAUUAAAUCAUCACAUGUGACAUCUGCAUUACAUUACAUACCUCCAUCGUGUCUAGUGAAAGGCAAUGAAAACUCUGGGCUGCUGGGCUUUUCUUUCAUAAUCACUUUAAUAUAUGCAACAACAUCUGUGUUGUUGCUCAUUCUAUUUAAUGAUAUAAAACAUAUUAGAGGUCAAAUAGUUUGUCAGCUAAUCAGUACAUUAACAAAAACUCUUCACAUUAUCUUCUUAAACUUUCUGUGUGACAGGAUUUUGUAUUUUUUUUAAUAUUUUAUAGAAGAAACAACAAAAUAAUCAUUAGAUAAAUCACUAAUGCCAAUAAAUGUUUCAACAAUACAGUGUUCAGGCCAAAGUUUUUCCACAAAUACAGUUACAACCAAUAACUGACAUCUUCUUUUGUUGUUGUUGUUUUUCUACAUUAAAGCAAAGGUAAAUCUUUCAGCUGCAGGUGUGUACAAGCAGCAGUAAGUUUGUACCGCACACAGGCUUUUACUGCCAAGCAUGAUGGGGUUUUUUUUUAUUUUACCUGUUCUUAAAAUAUUUGAAAUAUUGUAUUUGCAUCACUUUGCAUCUUUGACUUUCUAUUUACUCUGCAUAAAAUCAAAAUUUGCAUAAGUUUAAUCUGGAAAGUAGACCAUUAGAUUGUAUAUAAAAGUGACCAUUGUGGCCAGUGGCAUUACUGUUUUGGUCUUUUUGAAACUAGCCAUGAAAAGCAUGGGAGGAUCUGUCUGAGAAACUCAAUGCUGAAGAAAGAAGCCAGCCAACCAAAGGCAGGCCCUGCUUUACUAUUUUAUUCUCAAUGAAACUACAAUUUAGAAAUUAAAGAUUGUGCUAUAUUUAAAAAAUGCCUGGUAAAAAGUGUUCACUGAGGUUAAAGAUCUGCAAAUAGGCUUGUAGGCUUAUAUUUCCACCCCCUGCUGGCCAUUAAAAAGAAUGCAGGUUUAAGACUUUCACUUUUUCAGGCUAUGUCACUGAAUCCAGUUUUUGAUUGCAGCUCUAAGCCACACCCACACAAACACUGCCUGCAUCGAUAUCAUAUAAUGCAGUUUUGUUUUUUUUAUUGUAGAAAUCUCCAUAAAUAGUUGUGCGUUAAAGAGUAAACCCCUGGCUGGAUUUUACAGCAGAUUAUUUCAUUCUCAUUCAAAUUCUUCUUAGACAGGCAGAAGGAUAUGUGGAAAUUCUUUUUGGAGCACAGAAAGCGAUAAAGCAAAAUGUGACUGUGUGGCGGCCAGGCCUCUGAGCUUCUCUCAUUUAUCUUCUAGAGGCGUCAGAUUCAGCACUUUGGCUGCAGAGUUAUUACUUCCUUUGUAAAACAACAGCCAGAAAUAACACCCUCGACUCCUUCCAUAUUUUUUCUAUCUGUUUGUUUGUCAUCUCCUUUUAAAAAAACGAUACGUUAAGUUAACCAUAAAAACAAGCAAAAGCAGGUUGAAUUUUUUUUUUGUAAAUCAUUUUGUACUGGCAUUAGUUUUUUAGAAAAUAAAGGGCGGUUUGUAGCAUACUACAGUAUUUAUACAUGUUUUGUUAUUUGUAAUUUUAAUAUGUUUCUUUAAUUAAAGUUACAGUAUAUCAUAACAUCCAAGUGGCAGUUUCUUCAGCUUUUGUUUCCAGCUCAAAUUUUGUGCCAUUUCAUUUCCAACUUAACAAACAGGAAGUAAAGGGACAAAAAAUUGCGAUUUUUUUUUUUAAACUCGGUGAAUGUAAGACUGAAUUGGGAAAAAAAGCAUGUUGAUUUGUUCAGAUCAUAUUCUCUGUAUUUUUCAUCAGACUUAAUUUCUUUGGACAUUUCUAAAUAAAAAGAGCUGCAGAUUGGUGACAAAAUAAAUACAAAAAAACACUGAACCCCAUAUAGUGAAAGGAUCGGAUUGUUCUAUUAUGCAUUAGGGGCCAUUGUGCUGCUUUUUCUUUGGUUCAAAAAGCUUGAAAAUCACAAAUGUAGGUAUGUUGUGAGAGGAAGGCAGGACGCCCAGACAUGCCAGAGAAAACUUGGAUGAGUGGCAAAGGUGAAAGGACACCCACGCUUUCUUUGUACCCGAAAAACUGAACAUACUGGUGAACAACAGCAUCAUAUACUUUAGUUCAAGGGAAUCAAACCGUGGGUGUUUAUAUAAGUCCUACAAAUGAUGAGAGUAUUUGAGAGCACUUUUUAAAAACAGGUUGAGGCCUUCCAAAAACAGUAACUGUAGAGAAGAGCUUAAAUUUACCUCAGAUGAAUCUAAUCUGCUGGUGAAUACAUUGCAGGCUAAUCAUAUACUAUUACCUUAUGGGUACAAUUUAUCAGGCAGAAAAUGUAAACCAGUGUCUUCUACUGUGGGCUUUCUUUUCUUGGUUCUGUUUAUUUUGACUCAGUUCAAGGUAACUGGCUGAGCUGCAGUGUGUUAGACAUCAGCAGAGCAAAACUGUUGUGCUGUGAUUAACUGGCUAGUUAGCGACUCCUCUGAUCUCAGAUAAUAGUUUGAGUACAAAAACACCCUCAUGUCAUUACUCAGAAAUACCCUUGGAAGUGACCACAUACAGCAACCAUCUUGUAAUGUUUUCUCAUUUUCAUUCAAUUACAUUUAACGGCAAAAAAAAAAGCUGUCCUUGUGGAUUGUAAUGUCUUGGCUGUGUUCUGUGUAUCUUUUAUAACACUGUGCUGCUCGUAACAGAUAGAAGAGCUUAGGAAUUAAAAAAAGGAUUUCACCUGAAAACUCACAGAGCUUUUUACUUUGUGUACUGUUUAUAUGUGCCACUAAAAUGCUGCAUAUGUACUGCUGAAAUAAUAAAAUGUAGAUUUGUUUAAA